AUGAAUAUCUUCCGAUUAUCUGCUGAUUUGGCUCACUUAGUAGCAAUUUUUAUUCUUGCUACUAAGAUGUGGAAAACCCGUUCCGUUGCUGGUAUAUCUGGGCGAUCCCAGUUAUUGUUUGCACUGGUAUUCAGUUGUCGUUAUCUUGAUCUGUUUACAAAUUUCAUAUCACUCUAUAAUUCUGCUAUGAAGGUUUUUUUCUUAGUAUCGUCCUACGGAACAUUGUAUUUGAUGUGGUACAAGUUCAGGGCGACGUACGACAGGAAUCAUGAUACAUUUCGCAUUGAAUUUCUAAUAUUGCCGAGCAUAGUUCUUGCGUUGUUAGUGAACCAUGAAUUUACAUUUUUGGAGGUUAUGUGGACGUUUUCAAUUUAUUUGGAAUCAGUUGCUAUUAUGCCACAGUUAUUCAUGCUAUCGAGAACUGGUAGUGCGGAAACUAUAACGGCCCACUACUUGUUUGCUUUAGGAUCGUAUCGAGCUCUUUAUAUCCUCAAUUGGAUAUAUCGUUACUACACGGAAGGUUUCUUCGAUCCAAUCGCGGUCAUUGCCGGCAUUAUGCAGACUGUUCUUUAUGCAGACUUCUUUUACCUAUACAUAACCCGCGUGAUUCGUCAAAACCGAGGGUUGCAGCUAGCCGCUUGA